UUAAGGCUGAGUCUCUGUGAAGCUAUGUGACUGACUGCCGUUGACGGUGCAGACGGAGUCAACUCUGAAUGUCUCCUGCCCCAACACUACUUUCACUUUCACAGCGCAGGAUCGGACACUGGACAACUUGUAGAUGUCCCGGAUGGAAACGGACAGUCUGCUGACCGGGAGUAUGAACGGAGCACCCGGGGAUUAUGGCUCCUCGUCGGGCACAGAGGACCGAGGGGCCCCGGGCAGCAGGCGGAUGUCGUACAGUGUCGCCGGGCAGUCAUGCAGUGUCGAUAGUGCCCCAGGUGAUGAGGAGCUCUACCUCCAGCAAGCUGUUGUAUUUAUCGAGGACGCCAUACAGUACCGGUCUAUCAACCACCGGGUGGAUGCCCGCUCCCUCCGCCUGUAUCGCUGGUACUACUCCAGGAUAUGCCAGUGGGGCCUGGGCCUCACCAUUGCAGUGCUGUUGUUGCUGGCGUUUGUGGAGCGGCCCUCCUCCCUCUCCAUCUCCUCGGACCCCAGGUUCCGCUCUCCGGCGGGGCAGCCUCCCUGCGGCCUCACUGAGGGCCUCGAGAUGCUCUGCCUGCUCAUCUUCUCUCUGGACCUCGCUGUGAAGAGCUACCUGAUUGGCUGGGAAGAAUUCAGAAAGAGCAAAUGGCUGAUCGGCUACACAGCAGUCCUUGUGUUCUGUGGCAUCGACUGGGUUCUGUCUGUCAGCAUGGUGUGUGAUGAGAGACUUAGAGUACGGCGCCUCCUCCGGCCGUUCUUCCUCCUGCAGAACUCUUCCCUGAUGAAAAAGACGCUGAAGUGCAUCAAGAGGACUCUUCCAGAGAUUGCCAGUGUCAUCCUGCUGCUGGCGCUCCACCUCUGCCUCUUCACUAUGAUCGGCAUGCUGCUGUUUGCUAAGAGUGAGGAUCCGAAGCGGAACGGGGAGUGGGAGUUACAUUUCAGAGACUUCUCUAGCUCCCUCACCUCUCUGCUGGUGCUGCUCACCACUGCCAACAACCCCGACGUGAUGAUCCCUGCCUACUCCCUGAACAGAGGCUACUCCAUUUUCUUUGUCAGCUUCAGCGUGAUCGGGACCUACUGCCUGAUGAACUUACUGACAGCCAUCAUCUAUAACCAGUUCAGGGGCUAUUUACUGAUGUCUGUCCAAACGUCCAUCAUCAGGAGACGCCUGGGGAUCCGAGCUGCUUUCCAAAUCCUUAGUUGCCAGGGAGCGGAAAGGGCUGCUGAGGAGGGGGUGGCUGUUGAUGUGGUGCUGAAGGUGAUGUCCAGGGUCCAGAUGAAGAGCUAUUAUAGAACAGCUAUCACUACGGAGGCUCAGCAGUAUGCAGAUGUGGGCUACAUGGAUCGAGAGCAGUUCAGGAAGAUAUUUGAUGAACUGGAUAAAGAUCGCAUUAAGGAGCACCCUCCUUUGCCCGAAUACAACUCUCCAGUCCUGCAGAGACUCCAGAAUGUCUUCAGUCACUACUAUGUCACUAUACUCGGCAACGCAGUGGCCCUGGCCAAUGUCGUGUCCAUAUGUACCGUCCUGGUUUUGAACUCUGAUAAGUCUACAGCAGAGAGAGACAACUACAUCAUGGAGAUCAUCAACAUGUGCUUCAUCCUGUAUUACCUGUUUGAAAUGGGCGUGAAGAUCUUUGCCUUCGGAUGGAAAGGGUAUCUGUCCUACAGGAACAACAUCUUUGACGGCAUCCUCACCAUCCUGCUCCUGGUCCUACAGAUCACGAUAUAUAUCACUUACAGGCUUCCUUAUUCUCAAUGGGAUCCAUCCUCUCAUGGUUUGAUGUCUCUGUGGGAGAUGGUUCGUUUGAUCAACAUGCUGAUUGUGUUCCGCUUCCUGCGCAUCAUCCCAGAUAUCAAGCUCAUGGCUUUGGUUGCGAGUACACUGUUGGACCUGCUGAAGAACCUCAGAGCCUUUGCAGGAAUACUACUGGUGGUGUAUUAUGUGUUUGCUGUGAUUGGGAUCUGGCUGUUUGAGGGAGUCAUCAAACCUCCUCCAGGGAUGAGUGCGUUCUCUAACUCCUCCAUGGAGAACAUCUCCUCUAACUUCAGCAUGGAGUGUGGCACCUAUGAGCAGCUGGGCUACUGGCCCAAUAACUUUGAUGACUUUGGUGCGUCCAUCAUCUUGCUCUAUGAUGUCAUGAUAGUCAACAACUGGCAGGCCUUCAUGGAUGCAUACAGCAGAUACACCACUGAGUGGUCAAAGAUCUACUUUGUGGGUUGGUGGCUCACCUCCUCUGUCAUGUGGGUCAACUUGUUUGUGGCGCUUAUCUUAGAGAACUUCAUCUAUAGAUGGGACCGUAGUCACAGCUGCUCUGUUACAGAUGUGGAAAGGAUCAGAUAUGAAACCUCUGUUCAACUCAUGUUUAGAGAGCAGAUCCAAGAGCCAACUGAAGAGGAGUUAAUAUGUCAGCUACACCAACACCCUCACUUACACCUACACUGGUGACACAAUAACACACACACACUCUCACACACACACACACACACACACACACACACACACACACACACACACACACACACACACACACACACACACACACACACACACACACACACACACACACACACACACACACACACACACACACACACACACAGCACCAGCAUCUUGCUAACAAGACUGCUACCAAAUGAGUCCAUUGUGUGGUAGAAGCACUGAAAGGUAAAAAUCACAGCUUUCUACAACCUAUGCAUAUGAAGUUUUGAUUAUUUUUAGAAGUAAUCAUUGCUGCUGUAAAAAGCAAAUGAUCCCAUUAUGUGUCAUGUUAUUUAUAAACCACUGCCAAUGAGAAGUCUCUGUACAACUGAUACUGAGUGGGUAGGGCUAAAUAUUCACAGGUUGUGUGCCAAAUCCCAGAACAUACUAUAGUAAAUACUAUAAAGUAUGUGUUAGUGGUAUUGCUAUAACUGCACAAUAAAUUAAUCAAACUAACUACAGAAUGCUCCAGCAAAUGCUAACCUGGAAGCGGGGGCAUUUCCCAGUGCUUAUUAAUACAGCAGAAUGAACUGUACUGCUGCUGUAACAUUGGGAUAACAUGUAUGAUGCUUGGUUAUCUUUGAUUUGAGCAGUUGUUCCAGCACUAAAAUAUAAAUAUAACAUGGGAACUUAGUGUUAACUGGAUUCACAGCUUUUGGAGAAUCAGAUCAAGUUACUUGUGACAAAACCAAAAACAUUUGUCCAUUAUGUUCUGCUGUGUAGAACAUGUUAUUUCUUUUACCUGUGUUGGAUCAUCCUUGAAGACGUAUUGUGGUUUUGUCUCUGUCGUGCAGUAAAUAAGAAAAUAAUGACGCCAGAACAUUUAGUGAGAGACGUGCAUGUGUGUAAGGGGCAUAGAGUGUAUUCUGGGAGUAGUUACUGGUAAGCAUUGAGGCUGCAUGUCUACUAUUAAAUACUUUGAUGUAAUAUAUUUAGAAAUGUUUUAAACUGGAUUUCUGGAUUUUUUUUAUUCUAGAAAGGACACCAUUUUUGUAAAAGAACAGGGAUUUUCUUUUUUUUAUUGAAAGUGAUUUGUAUAGAAAAGUUAGAAUGCCAUUUUGUGAUAUGUUUAUUGACUUGAGAUACAGUUUGUCCAAUAUACAUGUGUAUAAAGUAUUGACAAAUAGAUUUUAAAUAAAUAUUUUGAAAAAUGUGA